AUGGAGGCACUGAGACCCCAUGGUGGUGGUAUAUCGCACGCGUCACCCCCCGGAGUGGGCAACGUGGUCUCCCAGUUCGUGGAAACAGAAGAUAUGCCAGUCACCCCAACGCCAACCCGCUGGCAAUCUGGAAACAUGAUGCAACCUGAAUUCAAUGAAGGCAGCAUGGAGAGUGCAAGCAUGGAUGAAAAUGGGGGCCAGGAACACUGGCAAACCGGAGGAUCCAGCAGGGCCCCUAGCCGAGCCAGUGAGGCCAGAAGUGGAAUCAGGCAACGAAAGAUAUUACAGAAGUCAUUGAUUGGCAGGCCAAGACAUCAUACUUCCCUGCUAGAUGUGAGCAAACAGGCUCAGAUGUUAGUGGGGGCCCUGGAAACAGCCCAGACACAACAACAAGAGAUAUAUCAUAUGGUGCAGGAACAGGUACAGGCACACCUGGCAGAAGAGCUGUCCAACUGGAGAGCAGAACAACAGACUCAUGAAGGGAUCUAUCUUGAGCGGAUUACAAACCUGGAGCAGGAAGUCAGUAAACUACGCACAGAGCUUACAGAAGCCCGGCACACCAUCCAGCAGCCUGCACCGGUGAGACAAGAGACACCGGCAAUUGAUACCCAGCCAAACCGGGUAAACAAACAUGUCAACAACCAAACCCCCAAGGUGAGGGAAAUGAGCCAACAAUUGAGGCAGGAACCUAGUUUUGCAGACCUAGCUGCACUGCUCUCCACCAGACCAGGAGGACAGGAAUGGCAGGAGGUCACUAAAAAGAGGCCAAAGAACAGACAAAUCCAAGCAGUUGCUGUUGCUAACCAGCCUGAUCCAACCAAACUCAAGCCAGCCAAGGACAGCCCCAAAGAGGCACGGAGGUGUCACAACCUGGCUUCUCUCGUAUCGUACCUAGGGUUCUAG